AUGACCGCUGCCGUUCAGCCGCACAACCUUUCCACGCCGUCAUUCAGACGCCUCGAGCCCGGUUCAGUCAACCUUCUGCCGCAUAAGUUCACCUCGAGCGGGUCCGAUGAUGCGGACCCAGCAGCAUUAGCUACGGAAACAAUUGAUGCCUUCAACAAGGCUCUUUCUGGCAACGAUGUCAUCGCCGUCGCAGGUCUGUUCGCUGAAGACUCAUACUGGAGAGAUCACCUUGGCCUCACAUGGGACGUCCGCACUUUCUUCGGCAAGGCCAUGAUUCAGGAACAGCUCUCCCAGAAUGGAUGCGCCGUGACCAGCGUCAAGAUCGACGACUCCUCUGCUUACCGUGCGCCUCAUAUCGCAGCAUUCGAUGGGGCCAGCAAGGUCAAAGGCAUCGAAUUCUUCAUCACGUUCGAGUCGAAAGUAGGCUCCGGACGAGGAACUUGCAGGCUGUUCGAAGAGAACGGCAAAUGGAAGAUCUUCUCAUUUUUCACCAGCCUGCGUAAUAUCAAGGGUCAUGAGGAAGCUACUGGUCCCAGGAGACCUACGGGCGUAGUGCACGGUGGCCAACCCGGUCGCAAGAAUUGGGUCGAGCGUCGUCAGUCAGAGCAGCAUUAUGAGGACGGGCGCGAGCCUACUGUCAUUAUUCUCGGUGCCGGACAAGGAGGCCUUACCGUUGCAGCUCGUCUCAAGAUGCUCGGCGUUGAUGCACUCAUCGUUGACCAGAACCAGAGAGUGGGCGACAAUUGGCGGAACCGCUAUCAUCAAUUGGUUCUGCACGAUCCGGUUUGGUAUGACCAUAUGCCAUAUAUUCCGUUUCCAGAUUCUUGGCCGAUCUUUACGCCCAAAGACAAGCUGGGCGACUGGUUUGAGCAAUACGCACACAGCCUGGAGCUCAAUGUAUGGAUGAAGUCUACCAUCACGAAGAUUUCGUGGUCCGAAGCAUACAAGACAUGGACCGUACACGUUGACCGAACGUUGUCCGACGGAACCACUGAGAGCCGCACACUUCAUCCGCACCACAUCAUUCAAGCCACCGGACAUAGUGGAAAAGCUAAUAUGCCGUCCAUCAGAGGCAUUGAUCAGUUCAAAGGAGACGUGCUCUGCCAUUCGUCAAAGUUCCCUGGCGCAAAGCCUGACUCAAAAGGCAAGAAGCAAUCGUCGUUGGAUGCUGCAAUUCCGGACAUGACAGUAGUCUCCCAAUCCUAUUACGAAAAUGGCUACGAUAUCACCAUGGUCCAGCGCUCCUCCACCUGCGUCGUCUCCUCCCGCUCCAUCACCGAAAUCUCCCUCGCCGGAGUCUUCUACGAAGGCGGUCCGCCCGUUGACGAUGCCGACCUCUGGCUGCACGGCACGCCGAUGCCGCUCCUCAAGCUCAUCCAAGUCGGCAUCACAUCCGCUUCCAACGAAAUGGACAAGGAGACACUCGCCGGUCUAGAGAAGGCGGGCUUCGCUCUCGAUAAGGGACCCGAUGACGCAGGACUAUUGAUGAAGUACUACCAGCGUGGCGGAGGGUACUACAUUGAUGUCGGCGCCAGCCAGUUGAUCAUAGACGGGAGGAUCAAGAUCAAGCAGGGCUCGGAGAUCAGUGAAGUUACGGAACACGGGUUGAAGUUCGCGGAUGGGACAGAGCUGGAGGCGGACGAGAUUGUGUUCGCGACGGGGUAUAUGAACAUGCGGACCGAAGCGAGGAGCAUAUUCGGGGCUGAACUGGCGGACAGGAUUAAUGAUAUUUGGGGGUUUGAUCAGGAGGGCGAGAUGAGGUACUUCUCGAAGGUGCUGGCUUUGCAGAUCAAGGCGAGGGAGAUUGGGUUGAAUCCGGCUUGA